AUGAGCUUUCGCGACAUUCGUUGUCCGACGGUUCGAGGGUGUGCUUUCCAUCCCAAGGAUGUGUCGGAAGCUCUUGUGGCAGACCUGAAGGCGCAGCACGCCGCGGACACGCGUGUGUCCUGUGUGGCCGGUGACUGCCGCAGCACCGAGGCUUUGGCCCCACUGCGCGGCAACACAACUCUCGUCCUGGACAAGGGCACGGUCGACGCGCUGCACCACUCCUCAGAGAAGGUGCAGAUGCUGAAGGCAGCUGCAUCACUUCUCCAGCCGGACGGGAUUAUCGUUUCGAUAUCCUUCCCGACGGCCACGCAAGUGCUGCUUUUGCGAAGAUUUGCUGAAGACCUUGGCUUGAGACUGCUUCAGCGGACCGUCAAAGUUCGCGGUGAGGUCCGCUUGGUGUCACUUCUGGGAGGGUGGGAUGCUACCGAUGCUGAUGAUGAGCUGACCCGUCAAGAGCUGGACAAACUUCUCUACAGCAGCCCCCUGCGCAGUGAGCCCCGGGUCGUCUUCCAGAAUCCUGCCCUGGCAGCACCCAUCACCGUCGAACAGGAGGUGGAGAAAGACCGGAGUGGCGAAGAUUCCACAGGCUGCAUUGUCUGGCCUUCUGCCCACUCGAUGUGCGCGCACUUGUGCGCCCACCCGGAGUUGGUGCGCGGCAAGCGGGUCGUGGAACUAGGUGCCGGCACUGGACUCGUCGGUUUGGUUUGUGCUGCGUUGGGUGCCUCCGAAGUGGUACUGACAGAUCUGUCACAGGGACUCCCACUUUUAAAGCGGAAUGUGCAGCUGAACUUGGGCGCACUUUGCGAUGGUGGACAUUCCACCUCCGUAGCUGAAUUGAAGUGGGGCCGAGAGGCUUCUGUGCAAGUUGCGCCCACAGGCUGUGACAUCGUGAUUGGGUGUGAAGUCAUCUACCAGCAUGACGACGAAACGGCUGUUGCCUUGGUGGAGACGAUGCGGCAUUUGGCUGGCAAGGACGGCUUUUGCCUGAUGGCAUACGAGUUUCGAGACGGACUGAUGCAGGAUGCGGUGUUCUUCGAUGCUGCGAACGAUGUAUUCGAGGUAUCCGCAGAGUCUCUGGCACACUACGGCUUUGGUCUUUCGGCCCAGGACAGCGACGACAGAUUGCUGUACACCUACCGAGCCAAGGCUUUCUUUGUGACUGCAUUGAAUUCGGAUCCUGGAGGCGAAAAGGCCGCAUUCGUGGAGGCCAUCAGCCAGUGCCUCAGCCGCCCUCGCUCCGAGCUGGGCCGUCCAGUAUCCGAUCGUUUCGACAAUGGGGUGGUGCAAUGGGCUGCGUCUGAGGCGUAUCCCACUCGCAGAGUUUCGGCCAUCCAGGUGUUAGAGGACUCCGAAAGGUCCGAGGACGACGAAGCAGCAAUUGCUUCAGAGAUCUACCUGCUCCAGGCCUGGGAGCUGGGCCCGUUCCAAGGCAAAGAAGUAAGGAUUCGCAAAGACAGCUACAGAGUGCAUCGGGAGCAGGUCGCCCGACGAGGGUUGCACUGCUUCGUGCAGCCGCCGGGCGAUGCGGAAGGGGAGUACCAGAUCUUCGAAGGCUUCUUCGUUGUGGGCGAGGGCUCCAGCUACAAAAGCAUAGAGCACGACCACACCUUCAAAGUGGCGAACAGAAUCAUCGGCAAGGAUGGCUGGAACAUGAGGAGCAUCAGCUCUGCAUGCAAUGCCAAGGUUCGCCUGCGCGGCAGGGGCAGCUCUUUCCUGGAGCGCGGUGAAGAGGCCGACAUCCCAUUGCAGAUAGACAUUAUCUGCACUUGCUUUCCAGACUACGCGAACGCCUCAGU